UUGUAAAAAAUUGGAAAAAUUAAAACUUGAAACAAUCCUAAGACAUUGGAGAGGGAAGAUAAUUUGGUGUGGGGAUUUUAAUGCACACAGUACUUUAUGGGGAGAGCAAGAUGAUUAUAAUGGAGGAGUUUUAGAAGAAGUGAUUGAAGAAAAAGAAUUGGUAGUGUUAAAUAAUGGUGUAGGCACUCGGGUGGAUUUGAUCAGAGGGAAAGAAUCAGUUAUUGAUUUGACUUUGGUGUCGCAAUCUUUUGCGGAAAAUUGCAGCUGGAGAAUAUGCAAAAAAAGUACAAUAGGAAGUGAUCAUUAUCCAAUUUUUGUUGAGGUAGAAAUUGAUAUAGAGGAAAACCAGAUAAAAAGUGAGGGAAAAUGGAGAUUUGGGGAUGCAAAUUGGGAAAAAUUUAGAAUAAUAAAUGAGAUUAAUAUGGUAAAUAUAGAUACAAGUAAACCAAUAAAUGAAUUGAAUUUAGAAAUUAGUAAAAGCAUUAUUAACGCAGCAAAAAUAGCCAUUCCUAGAAGUAAUGGUACAAAAAAAAAGAGAAUAGUUCCUUGGUGGACGUCAGAAUGUUCAGGAGCAAUUAAAAUGCGGAAUAAGGCUUUUAAAAGUCUUAAAAAAAUUAUUUGUUUCCAAAAUUUAAUAAAUUACAAAAGAAGACAGGCAGAAGUCAGGAAAAUUAUAAGAAAUGCUAAAAGGGAUUAUUGGAGGAAAUAUUGUGAGUCCUUAGGGAGAAAUACUGCAUUAGAUAAGGUUUGGAAUACUAUAAAAAAAAUGUCCGGUAAAUCAAGAGAAUAUUUCUUUCCAGUAUUAAAAGAGGAUGAUAAAAUUAUAGUAGAUAGUAAAAGUAAAGCAGAAUUAUUAGCAAGAGUAUUUACAAAGAUACAUAGCACGGAAAAUCUAAAUAGUAAAGAAAAAAAAGGACGUGAAAUUACAUUACAGAAUCAUAAUGAAGUAUUGUAUAAUGAUGAAGAUAAUGAGGACCUUAUUAAUAUAAAUUUUUCUUUAAUAGAGUUGAAUAAAGCAUUGAAGAAUUCCAGUAAAUCAACUCCUGGGAAUGAUCAAAUUAGUUACAGUAUGCUAAGUAAUCUUAGUGAAAUGAGUAAAAAAAUAUUAUUAGAAUUAUAUAAUAAGGUAUGGAAGGAAGGAAUAUUACCUGACAAGUGGAAAGAAGCAAUUGUUAUACCUAUUUGUAAACCUGGUAAAGAUCCUCACUCAGCUGAGAGUUACAGGCCAAUAGCUUUAACAUCAUGUAUUGGUAAGAUUAUGGAAAAAAUGGUAAAUAAUAGAUUAAUUUAUUAUUUAGAGUUGAAAGAAAAGAUUAAAUCUUAUCAAUUUGGUUUUAGAAAAGGUAGAAGUACAAUAGAUUCUGCAUUAUGUCUGGAAUAUGAAAUUAGACGGGCUCAGAUUAAUAAGGAGAGUCUAAUAGCAAUUUUUUUAGAUAUAGAAAAAGCUUAUGAUAUGUUAUGGAAAGAAGGAUUGUUAAUUAAAAUAAAACAAAUGGGGAUAAGGGGCAGAAUAUAUAGAUGGAUUAAAAAUUUUUUAACGGAAAGAAAUAUAAAAGUAAAGGUAGGUGGCGUUUUAAGUUCAAGGCAUCAAAUCGAAAAUGGCACUCCCCAAGGUAGUAUAAUAAGUCCUAUGCUAUUUAUUAUAAUGAUUAAUGAUAUUUUUAAUAAUAUAGAUAAAUCUUUUGGUGUUUCAUUAUUUGCAGAUGAUGGCCUUAUCUGGAAGAGGGGAAGAAAUAUUGAAUUUGUAAAUAGGAAACUACAAGAGGCAUUACAUAGUGUAGAAGCUUGGGCUUUAGAAUGGGGAUUUAGAAUCUCAAUAUCUAAAUCUAAAGUUGUUGUUUUUACAAAUAGAAAGUUAAAUAUUAUUACAAGUCUGAAAUUAUAUGAGAAUGUUAUUGAAAGGAUAGAUCAAAUAAAAUAUUUAGGAUUCUGGUUUGAUAAAAAACUUACAUGGAAGACUCAUGUUAAUAAAAUAGUUGAAAAAAGUAAAAAAAUCUUAAAUAUAAUGAGGUGUUUAAGAGGAAAAGAAUGGGGAGCUGAUAGGAAAGCUUUAAAAACAAUUUACAUUGGUCUAAUCAGGUCAGUUUUUGAUUAUGGAUGUAUUUUAUAUAAUUCAGCUUCAAAUAGUUUACUAAAAACCAUAGAUAGAAUACAAUAUCAAGCAUUAAGACUUUGUUGUGGAGCGAUGAAAAGUACCCCAAUUUCAGCUCUACAAGUUGAGAUGGGUGAGAUGCCGUUGGAGCUCAGAAGGAAACAAUUAGCAAUAACUUACUGGGCAAAUAUUAAAGGACAUAAAGAAAGUUAUCCUCCAUAUAUUAUGUUACAAUCUUGUCAAGAAAAAGAAAAAAAGCAAAUUAAUAGUUUUGGAUGGUUUAUAAAAAAUGAAAUAAGAGAUAUAGGAAUAAAUCAUAGUUUAAUUAGUCCUGUGAUUGUUCUUCCUGUUAUCCCACCAUGGAUAAUUGAGAUAGCGGAAGUUGAUUUAAGUUUACUGGAAAAAGGAAAACAAUUAGAAAAGAAAGAGGUGGAAAAUUAUAUUGGAAAUGAAUAUGCGGAAUAUAUACAAAUAUAUACAGAUGCCUCUAAAAUGUCAAAUAAUAAUAUAGGAAUAGCUUUUAUAAUUCCGGACUUAGAUAUUAUGAGAAAUAAAAGACUAACAGACAAAUUGACAGUAUACACAGGUGAACUAAUGGCUAUUUUAAUGGCUCUAGAAUGGGUUGAGGAAACAAGAGAGAGAGCGGUUGUAAUCUGUUCAGAUUCAAGUAGUGCAUUAGUAAGUAUUGUAGAACAAAAUUCAGAAUCAAGGCAAGAUAUUAUAGCUGAUAUUAAUCAUUUAAUGUUUAGGAUUAAAAGUUAUGGAUCUCUGGUCAAAUUAGUUUGGGUUCCUGCUCACAUUGGAGUAAUAGGGAAUGAGCUGGCAGAUAAUUUUGCUAAGAAUGCAGCAAAAAAGUGUAUUGUUGAUUUAAAAAUUAAAAUGAGUAAAAAUGAGGUUAAAAUAUUAGUAAAAUGUAUAUUAAGGAUAAAUGGCAGGAACAGUGGGAUAAAGGAAGCAAUGCCAGAUUUUAUUAUAGCAUCCAAAGAAAAGUUGGAGAAUAUAGGAAAUGUAGCAGGAAUAAAAAAGAAGAAGAUAUUAUAUCUAGAUUAAGGUUUGGACAUACAGGUUUAAACAGUACUCUUAAAAUAAUAAAUAAACAUGAUACAGGUUUCUGUAGUUAUUGUGGGAAAUUAGAAACAAUACAACAUUUUUUUUUAGAAUGUCGUAAGUAUGUUCGAGAAAGGGAGGAGUUAAUUAGAAAUUUAAAUAGGAAUAAAAAUACAUUAGAUAUUAGAAGUUUGCUUCAAAGAUCAUCGGGGGAUGUAGUUUUUAAUAGUAUUUUUAAUUUUCUAAGGAGAACAGGUAUUAUGGGAAGAUUAUAGUGACUUUACAUCUGAUCCAUACUCCAGUCUAGAAGGUGGCGGUAAUGCACCUAAAAGUUGUUUGCCAACCGCCAUAAAAAAAAAACAAGAAGAAGAAGAAGAAGAACACCGGGCGUCAUGUGAUUCACAGCAGCAGGAUAACGGAAACAGAUCUCCACGUCGGUCUGUAUCACGACCUCAGAUCCACCCUGCGCCGUGCGGGUCGCCGGGCGUGUCUGCG